GUGACCUCACGGUUAUCGCCGCCAUCUUGGAUAGGGGGCAAGUUGCGUAGUAACUGCGAUUGUUUACUUCCGGAAAUUUCGUAGCGGGAAUUUUGACAACAUCAAAUACAUAUCUACAGGAGAAGGAUUUGCCGUUGAUGCAGACACUGGAAAAUCAUAUAUGAGUUGUAAAUGGUAAUAUAUUAUAACUUCUGACCUUAAAUUACAUUUAUUAAUUAAUAAAUCCCUCAAAAAACCUAUGAAAACAAGGGGGCGUGGCACAUACUUGGUUUUCAUAACAGUGUGAAGAAAAAAAACGUUUUAUGAAAAAUCCAUCAUCUUUUUAUGCAUAAAAUUGAGAAAAAAAAGACACCCUUAUGUUCACAAUACAAUCACUUACCUGAGUCCUUUGUGUAAGAGUGUUUUCAUGUUGUUAAAUGCAAUUACUGGAAGAAUUGAGGUAAAAUUAAAUGGAUAAAACAGAUAAUGCCUUUGAGGAAUUUUCUUCGAACACUAUAGGCAAAUUAAAGGAUUUCUUGUCUGCAAGAGGACUUUCCUGUAUGGGAAACAAGCAACAGCUUGUAUCAAGAUGUUUUGUUGCAUGGGAGUCGAACAUUCCAUUAAGGUAUUCAGAACAGGAGCAACAAAGCAAACUAAAGACAGAAUAUGCUAACAGAUUAAAAGAGGCAAAUAUAGAUGACCCCAGGUCUUUGAAAGAUGAGAGCUGGUCUUCAGAUGUGAAGGAGUGGCCCAAAAUAGAUCUUGGCAAGAUAUUUUCUUUUAUUUUAUCUAAGAAAGAACAAGACAUGGAUUUCAUUGGACAUUACAAGACUCAAAAGGCAUACUCAUAUUACCAGUCUGGUUUUGUUGAUACUGUGUUCUGUGCAACAUUAAAUGGAUCUCAAAUAAUAAAGUCCCACGUGACUCCAUCACAAUCCAUCAGAAAUGAGCCGCAUGAUGUUUGGUUGGCUGUAAACAAUGAAAAUGAAAUCCAAGUAUCUUGGUGCAGCUGUAUUGCUGGGCUUGCCCAAACAUGCAACCAUGUCAUUGCUGUGCUUUACAAGAUUGAGUUUGCCACCAACAUGGGUUACAAUGACCCUUCCUGUACAUCUGUUCCUUGUGGGUGGAAUACCUCAACAAAGAAAAAUGUUCAACCAUGUCGUCUAUCUGAUUUGAAUCUACGCCGAGACAACCGUAGUAAAAUAUCAGGAUCUACAAUGGACAAUGCAGAAGUAAACUUACAGUUUAAGCUUAAGUAUGACCCAAGACGAGAAGAUCAUAAGUCAGUGUCAGAUGGUCAAGUUGAGGGGUUAUAUUCAUCACUUCACAGAGUAAGACCAAAAGCAGUACUUUUCACUGGUUUUCCAAAUACACAGGCUGAAACUAAUUGUCCAAAAUCAAUGCUUGACGCAGGAGAAAUUUUUGCCAAAAACAGUACAGAUACAAGCAGUUUCAUAAACAGUUUAACUUUAACUCCUGAUCAGUCUAUCUUAAUUGAAAAAAAAACUCAAGGGCAGAGCAGUAACAAUUUUUGGUUGGAGCAGAGAAAAGGCAGAUUAACAGCAUCAGUCCUUCAUGAAGUCUCAAAAAAAAUGAAUGAGAUUGUUAAAAACAAAAUAACAAAAACCACUCCUUUAGUAGCAAAAGUUUUGGGUAAAACUUCUAACAUUGACCAUGUUCCAGCCAUUAAAUAUGGCCGUUCUCAUGAAAACACAGCAAGGAACUUGUUCCUAGCUCUAGAAUCACCUAAACACCGUAAUUUUAAGGUUGAACACUGUGGAUUAUUUGUAAAAGCAGACCGUCCUUACAUUGCAGCCAGUCCAGAUGGAAUUGUUUCAUGUCUUUGCUGUACAAAACAGGUGCUUGAGAUCAAAUGUCCAUUUUCAUUGGCAAAUAAAUCUGUUGUUGAUGGUUGGAAGAAUUUAGACUACUUGCAAAUGAAUGAGAGCACUAAAAAAUUAGAACUUAACCAGUCUCAUGGUUACUACACCCAAAUGCAAGCUCAAAUGGCAGUGACUGGUUUGAAAAUGGGACAUUUUUUUGUAUGGUCUCCUAAGGGAUCAUUCCAAACCAAAGUACAGUUUGAUCCUAAAUACUGGGUAAAUUUACAGGAACAAAUUACAAUAUUUUUCACAGCUUAUGUCGUUCCAUACUUGUUAUGUAACAAGCAACUUUGUGUAUGUCCAAAGUGUGACAAGGUCUGUUGUGAAAUAGAGGAAAUAUCUAAUCAGUUGGAAAGUAGUGUUUUAUGUGAAUGUUGUGAUUUGUGGUACCACUGGAAGUGUGUUGGCAUUAAGAAUAAUCCAACUACUGAGACAUGGGUUUGUUCCAGCUGUCUUUUGAAUGCCCUUGACUUGUAAAUUUCAUUGUACAUUGUUUCAUAUUCAUACAUUUAGAUUUGUUUUAUAAGCAUGAGGAAGCAUACACUUUGUAAAUAAUUUUACAUUAAUGUUCAAGCUACAUGUACUUAAUAAGUAUUUCUGUUAGUUAUUUCUAAAAUUCUUCCAACUUUAAAUUGGUAUAUGAUGCUUGCAAUAUGUAUAUGAAUACAGAACUUCCACCCAGUAUUAAAGUCUGAUAUUUCAGAAAUUAAGUUUUUUUAAUAUAUUGUGAAUUAAUAACAUUUAUAACAAACCCAUGUCUCACUUGGUAAAAUGUACAAUUAUAUGUAAAAAUAAAGUCUCUGAUUCUUAAAUAUGUAUGAAAACAGUUUUUCAUAGUUCUUUCAUAAAUCAUCCAUAUAGAAAUAGCAAUAAAUUAAAAACCAAUUAUUUCUAAAUAUUACAGUAUUUAACAGAAUUAGUAAGUCUAUUCUAGCACUACAGUAUUAUAUAUAUUAGUAAGUCUAUUCUAGCACUAAAGUAUUAUAUAUAUUAGUAAGUCUAUUCUAGCACUAAAGUAUUAUAUAUAUUAGUAAGUCUAUUCUAGCACUACACUUGCAUGCAUUAAUAUUUAUUCACCAUAAAUGCAUGCACUUUUUAUUAACUUCCUAUAUUAAUAUUUUUGGAUAUUAUCAUUUUAAAAUCAAAUGUUCUGUUAAUAUGGUUGUUUAUCUUAAUUUAAUGAUUUUCAUUUUAAGAUUAAAUAUGAACUACAGAUAUAUCUUUAUAAAGUACUUGUUUUUUAACAUGAUUUUUUUUCUCUGAUCACACUAUUUUCAAUUAAAAAAAGACAGUCCAAAUUAUUUUAUGGAAGUGACAAUAGAUAAGGAUGCAUACAUGGUAUAUUUUUGUUAAAGGUAAGCUGUAUAAUAUAAUCUACCUAUUGGACUAGAUGAACAACAAAAUACUGUAGUCGAGAAUUGGAAGCAAUCUGUUAUAUGUUAAAAAUAAAAUUCAAUUCAUUUGCAUUAUUGGAAACUUGAAAAAAAGAUAAAAGUUAUAACUAC